UGUAAAUGUAGAAUUCAGACGUCUCUUCGAUAAGGUGGAAAACUCUGAAAAUUGACAAGCAAUGUAAAUUGCUCUAUUGUGUUAAUGCUCUCAGCUGUUGAUUUCUAUGUGUGGAAAAAAACGCCGACAGCAAUGAGUAAAGACUACACACGGAUCGAAAUGGACCUGGUUUUUGGAUCAGCCAAGCCGUAUGGGUCCUCAAGAAGUAUAGUGAGGAGAAUAGCUACCAGUCUUCCUCUUAAACCCUGUCCCAGGGUCCAUUUUCAGCUUCAUCCGUACACGGGGGAUGCAGGUUUUUUGACUGACACCAGGCAGCAGGGCUUUCUGGUUGCAUCUCUGGCAGACAUCACUUGGAUCGAACAGGAUGGGGAUGAUGAAGAAGACUUCUUUGGCAGACCCAGAAGGUUGGCGUUGCCAGAAGGCUUUGUGUUCAGAGCCUGUCAGCCUCGUCCUCAGAAGAAACCCUUUCCUCGCCAGAGGUCAUUACCCACCCUGCACAGUGAGGCUCUGGACCUUCAGGGGUCAACCACUGCUAACAACGAAACCAUUGAGAAAAUCAGUGCCCUAGAGACUGAACUUGCCAAACUCAGAGCCCAGAUAGCACAGAUCGUCCUGGCUCAGGAAAAGAUCGCACAGCCAGCUUCAGCUGUAGGGGCACCUCCUCCCCCUCUACCCUGUGGCACCCUGCAUCACCCUCCUCCUCCACCCCCCCCUCCCCCGCCCUUGAGUCAACAGACCUUUUCAGCAAUCGACUUGAUAAAGGAGCGGAGAGGAAAGAAAACGGACAGGCAGACAGGUUUGGACUCCACGUUCAAGUCAGCUGACAUUCCCAACAUGCUCGACGUUCUAAAAGACUUGAACAAAGUCAAGUUGCGAUCAGUCAAAAGUCGUUUGGGGGAGCUUGAUGCCAAACCAAAGCCCAGCGAGCCUCCAGAUGCUGCAGCCCUCAUCGCUGAAGCCCUAAAACGCAAGUUUGCCCAUCAGUACAGACGUGACAGUGAGGUACAAGAUUCCAUGCAGGAAUUCAAACUCCCUCUCCCACAGACCAAACCUCAAACAGAGACGCCUUUGUUUGGACAGCACCUGUUGAAGCCAACUGGCAAACGAAACGUGCUGUAAUGUGCAGGCCCAGCCUGAUGUGAACACAAUGAACUGCUUUUAAAAUCAACUGCCUCUGUUGAAGUAUGAGGGAAACCAAUGCACCUCUCCAAAUCUCAGUCAUGUGUUGCAUCUGAUGAUUCCAGAACAUCUGUUUUUUGCACUUCUAUAACUUGUUUUAGCAUUCCCUUUUACAAGCAUGUUUUAAAGUGAACACAUUGUUUGCCCAUUGAUUUAGUAAAGUCUGUUUAAGAUGGUGAAACAGAUGCACUCCACCUGCAUUUGUGAACAACACUACAGAAUUUUUAGUGGUUAUACAGAAUAAUUGAGUUUUACAUUCUCUCUUUUACUCCAUCAAGAGUCCAAAGGAAGUGUUUUUAUUGUGGAAUUUGUGUUUUGUUGUCUUGAUUGUAAUUUAUGAUCAAGGUUAACAUAUUUAUAAUGAUUAAGUAAAUAUUGAUUUUUAAAUAUUUAUGUUGUAGAUUUGUGUUUAAUUCUGGUUGUAUAAGAGCUGGGUCAGGUUUGAGAGGAUCCUGUUCUUUAGCUGGUGUUUCUGGGUAAGUUAUGUCACCACAGCUAAUCGCUCUUGUGUGUGUGUGCGCGCGCGUGCAUGUGUGUCUUGGUCUCAAUGCUGCAAUACAUUCAUCUCACUUUUAGUUCAUGUUGUCUCCCUUUUGAAUUAUGAAGCCAUAUCUGUUCCUGUAUUCCAUAUUUUAAUGCCAAACUUAACCUUUUGUGUCACAUCCCUGAUACACUGCUUAAACUAAAGAAAAAUAUUGGUACACCCACACAAAAUUAAGAUUUCUGUUUGUAACUGUAUGUAGAUGUGUCAUGGUUUUGUAACCAUUGAUGCGUCUGUGUAUGAGUUGUUUCUGGCAACAUUCUUCUAUAGACCAAAGAAAUGCUGCCUUGUUACACAAAAGUGCCAAAGUACUGCUUUCAAAUAUACUUCAGUGUUUCACCCGUUGGUGUUAUAGGUUCCUGGCGGUACAGAACAUGCUGUCACACAGUACUUUGCUUUUAAAUGUCUGUAAAUCAUCUGUUCAUAUUUUCACAAUUGGUGCUCAGAGUCAAAUCUGUGCAUUUUAAAGGGAAGGUGAACUGGGCAUUAGGAAGUUUCUUUACUGCACAGUAGAGUUGACACCUUGAAUUAUUAAUGUUCCAAUAAAGUUUAUGGCUUGUAAA